GGAGUUUGAGAAAGUCGACACUGGUCCCUAAAUCCGCUUGUGAGCAAUGAGCAUUGCCUUCUUGUAGGAAUCAUCGGAACAUGUGAGAGGGUUAGACGUGAGCAUUAUGUUCGCCCAGUCUGUGACCGCCCUCUCACCACAUAACCUUCAUCUCCUUGUCACAGGAAACAUGGUUCUCAAGGUCACGGUCGCAGCAGAGUACCAUAAGCAAAAAUGGUUGCCGCCCAAGCGGCACGGAAGCUUUUUGUCAUACGAACAGGAGUCGAGGACAAGUUUGUUCAUCGGACAGGCAAGCCGAAUGAAGUUGGAAAUACAGUGCGACGCAAAUAUUGAAGCCACAGCGGCUCGAGAAAGAGGACGAGGGUGAGGGAGAGAGAGGGGGGGAGUGAGUGAGGGAGGCCUCUAUGCCCAGAAUAUGAACCAACCUGCGAGUCAAUGGACUCAUGCGACUCAUGCGACUUUUGCCAUUGACUGGGGUGAAGUUCAAGGUGUUUGUACGAUAGAAUCAGGAGUACCCAUCAAACGUCAUGGCUGAACAAUCAGAGGCGAGGCCUAGACUACGUAAGGGCACUGAAAUGGAUGUGGAUGAAUCCACCUUGUCCCACAAACCCACACCAAAUGUCUGGACCUGAAAGUACGAGGCAUAGAUUUUAUAAAGUGUCUGGUUCCUAGGGUACGAAGCAUAAUGUUGUUGAGGAUGCUACACUUUCUUGGGUCCAGAUUCCUCACUGGAGAAGUGAGAGACGCUGGUGUGGGGUUGAAUGGAAUCUAACUUGCUGUAUUUAGAUGUAGGCUACCGUAGUCUGCUGGGACA